ACAAGGCUUUGCAUAGAAAUGAAAACACAAGGGAGAGUGUAACACAUAACAAAGGUGUAUCAACUUUGUUACACUCUCUAAACAACCCAAUUAAAUUUCUUUCAAUUUAUCCAAUAAUUUUUAUUAUUCAUAAGGAAAAAUAAUGGCAGCAGUUACAACACAGGCAUCGAUCGCCGGAUUCCGUCCAUGCGCGUCGAAACCGAGGUUUUUGACUGGUGUUCCAGGUAAGCUUAACAAGGAAUCAAGUGGUGUUAGGCUACCAUCAACUUCAUCAACUACUUCUUUCAAGGUUGAAGCUAAGAAGGGUGAGUGGUUGCCUGGUUUGGCUUCUCCUGGCUACCUUACUGGCAGUCUUCCAGGAGACAAUGGAUUUGAUCCCUUGGCAUUAGCAGAGGACCCAGAAAACUUGAGGUGGUUUGUGCAAGCCGAGCUGGUGAAUGGGCGGUGGGCGAUGCUUGGUGUUGCCGGAAUGUUGCUACCGGAGGUGUUCACAAGUAUCGGAAUCAUUGACGUACCAAAAUGGUAUGAUGCAGGGAAAUCAGAGUACUUCGCAUCAUCAUCAACCUUGUUUGUGAUUGAAUUCAUCUUGUUCCAUUAUGUUGAGAUAAGAAGAUGGCAAGACAUUAAGAACCCUGGUUGUGUUAACCAAGACCCUAUUUUCAAGCAAUACAGUUUGCCUCCUAAUGAAUGUGGUUACCCUGGUGGCAUAUUUAACCCUCUCAACUUUGCACCUACUACUGAGGCCAAGGAGAAAGAGCUUGCUAAUGGGAGAUUGGCUAUGUUGGCAUUCUUAGGGUUCAUUGUGCAACACAAUGUGACUGGAAAGGGGCCUUUUGACAACCUUCAGCAGCAUCUAUCAGACCCAUGGCACAACACCAUUAUCCAGACAUUUGGUGGUAACUAAGUCCAACUCCACUACUAGAUGGAAACACUGUUAUCAUAGUUCUUUUGUAACAAUCAAAUCUUUUGUGGACUAUAUAAUAUUGAUCUUAUCUGGUAAUUAUUCAAGGGUUUUCAAUGUACAGGACAACUAAAGUUGGCACUUUCUGUUUUUCUAAA